CUUCAUUGAACAUCACCACCCCCAUCCAACACGGUCUCUUUCUGGCUCUCUGCUCCCGUUUCGGUACCACGACGGCGUGGCCAUCCAACUCCGGCGGCGACAGAGCAUGCAGCGGUGCACUCCCAUUUUCAUUUGGUGACCAGCUUCAGCAACCUUCUUCUCCGGAUAUCUUUAAGUUAGUCACUGGAAAAUUAUAGUAUGUCUGAAGAGGCUGGAUCCAUGUUGGUUGCUUAUGAUGAUCCCUCGGACCAGCGGUCACUAUCUUUGGAUGAUACAAGUAGCACAGAGGAGUCACCUGGCGAAACCAGGCUCUCCUUGGAAACGGCUAAUGAUGCCAUUCCGUAUAUCGGCCAAAGGUUUGCUACUCAUGAUGCUGCUUAUGAAUACUAUAGUGAGUUUGCAAAGAGGUGUGGAUUUUCAAUUCGACGUCACCGUACAGAGGGAAAAGAUGGUGUUGGUAAAGGACUUACUAGACGUUAUUUUGUUUGUCAUCGCGCCGGGAACACUCCUGUCAAGGCAUCAACAGAAAGUAAACCUCAACGAAAUAGAAAGUCUUCUCGCUGUGGAUGCCAAGCUUACAUGAGGAUAAGCAAGACAACUGAAUUUGGAUCCCCAGAAUGGCGGGUGACUGGUUUUGCCAACCACCAUAAUCAUGAACUCUUAGAGCCAAACCAAGUUCGAUUUCUUCCUGCAUAUAGAACUAUUUCAGAUGCUGACAAAAACCGAAUCCUUAUGUUUGCCAAAACAGGGAUAUCUGUUCACCAAAUGAUGAGGCUUAUGGAACUUGAGAAGUGUGUGGAACCUGGAUAUUUGCCUUUUACGGAAAAGGAUGUGCGUAAUUUACUCCAGUCAUUUAGAAAAUUGGAUCCUGAAGAGGAAAGCUUAGAUUUACUGAGAAUGUGCCGGACUAUAAAGGAGAAAGAUCCUAAUUUUAAAUUUGAGUUUACACUCGAUACAAAUAACCGUUUGGAAAAUAUUGCUUGGUCAUAUGCCUCAUCAAUCCAGUUGUAUGAUAUUUUUGGUGAUGCCGUGGUUUUUGACACAACACACCGCCUAACUGCAUUUGACAUGCCACUUGGUAUAUGGGUUGGAAUGAAUAAUUAUGGAAUGCCUUGCUUUUUUGGCUGUGUGGUUCUACGAGAUGAAACCAUGAGAUCAUUUUCCUGGGCACUUAAGGCUUUCUUGGGGUUUAUGAAUGGAAAGGCUCCGCAGACGAUAUUAACCGACCAAAAUAUAUGUCUCAAAGACGCAAUAUCUACAGAACUACCAACAACAAAACAUGCCUUCUGCAUAUGGAUGAUAGUGGCAAAGUUUCCAUCUUGGUUUAAUGCUGUUCUUGGGGAUCGCUACAAUGAGUGGAAGGCUGAAUUUUAUAGACUCUAUAAUCUUGAAUCCGUUGAGGAUUUUGAAUUAGGCUGGAGGGAAAUGGUUUGUUCUUAUGGACUGCAUUCCAAUCGGCACAUGGUCAAUUUAUAUAGCUCUCGCUCACUUUGGGCAUUGCCAUUUUUGAGAAGUCAUUUUCUUGCAGGAAUGACUACAACUGGUCAAUCAAAGUCAAUUAAUGCGUUCAUUCAACGGUUUCUGAGUGCACAAACCCGACUUGCACAUUUUGUUGAACAGGUAGCUGUCGCCGUUGAUUUUAAAGAUCAAACUGGAGAACAACAAACCAUGCAGCAGAAUCUCCAAAAUAUCUGCCUCAAAACAGGAGCUCCUAUGGAGUCACAUGCCGCUACAGUCCUCACUCCUUUUGCCUUUUCAAAGCUUCAAGAGCAACUUGUGUUGGCUGCACACUAUGCUUCUUUUCCAAUUGAAGAUGGUUUUCUUGUGAGGCACCACACAAAAGCUGAGGGAGGUCGGAAAGUUUAUUGGUCUCCUCAGGAAGGAAUUAUAAGUUGCAGCUGCCAUCAAUUUGAAUUCUCUGGAAUUCUCUGUAGGCAUUCUCUUAGAGUUCUUUCAACAGGAAAUUGCUUUCAAAUCCCAGAUAGAUAUCUUCCCAUCCGUUGGCGUCGAAUCAGCAUACCCUCCUCUAAACUUGCUCAGAGUGCACCAAAUGAUCAUACUGAAAGGGUUCAGUUUUUACAAAAUAUAGUGUCGUCUCUGAUUACAGAAUCUGCAAAGUCUAAGGAACGGUUAGAUAUUGCUACAGAACAAGUUUCCAUCCUUCUGUCUCGCAUUAGAGAGCAACCAAUUUCAUUACAUGGUGCCAGAGAUUUCUCUUCCAUCAAUAGAAAUCUUUGACUCUGGUUGAACUGUCAAUCUGGUUCAAUUAUGGGAGGUAUACAGAAAUUAUUGACGAGAACACAAAAUUACUUGAUACUGUCAUGGCAGUUAAGGUAGUUGAAACUUGAAACUAUAAGAAGGCAGAAGGUUGUAACGUAACAUGAAAUUCUUCUUUAGAAACAUUUCUGUAGAGUAAAAAUGCUAAAUUCUUCUAAUGACAAGGCUUCUGUUGAGUACAAAUGUAUAUAGAUUUGAGAAAAUUUGUUUGUA